UCUUGUUUACCAGGAUCUGAGUAAUGUUUGUAUGAAUGCUGAUGGUUUGCACUUUGAGCAAGCUGAGACACAGAGAGUUAAAGCAGAGUAGAGUCACAUGAUGACUGGGUGGAGCCAAGAGGGGAAACGAAACAGAUGCAGCCACAAUGGAGCCGGUAGGAGCAUUCACAAAACCAGGAAAAAUAAGCUAAUCACUCAAAGUGAGAAAUGGAGGAGAAAAAGAUGGCAGCUGUGAAUCAGAGCCCACCUAGAGAAGUGCCCCAGAGAGGGCUGGCAGAUUCAGAUCUUAGCACAGUGAUGUCCAAAAUGACAAUUAAUAAACACCAAGCCGAUCCUGAGUGUGAGAACAUAACACCGACUUCACCUGUAUUGAGCUGUGUGUCAAUGAAAAGUGACCAUUCAAUGAACCCUCCACUGAAAUUUCAGGAAGAAUCAUCAAGCAUUCCCGGGGGAAAACCACUUUCGCCUGUACCGAGCUGUCUGUCAAUGAAAAGUGAUAAUUCAAUGAACCCUCCACUGAAAUUUCAAAGUGAAACAUCACAAGUGCACAGGGGAAAACAAGCUUCGCCUGUACCGAGCUGUCUGUCAAUGAAAAGUGAUAAUUCAAUGAACCCUCCACUGAAAUUUCAAAGUGAAACAUCACAAGUGCACAGGACGAUAAAGCAGGAGAGAUCACACACAUCAGCACCCAGCUGUGCGUCUCUCAAAAGUAACUGGUCUCUGGACCUACCAGACUCUUUUAACAAAUCUUCUGGGCACAGGGGAAAACAAGCUUUGCCUGUACCGAGCUGUCUGUCAAUGAAAAGUGAUAAUUCAAUGAACCCUCCACUGAAAUUUCAAAGUGAAACAUCACAAGUGCACAGGGGAAAACAAGCUUCACCUGUACCGAGCUGUCUGUCAAUGAAAAGUGAUAAUUCAAUGAACCCUCCACUGAAAUUUCAAAGUGAAACAUCACAAGUGCACAGGGGAAAACAAGCUUCGCCUGUACCGAGCUGUCUGUCAAUGAAAAGUGAUAAUUCAAUGAACCCUCCACUGAAAUUUCAAAGUGAAACAUCACAAGUGCACAGGACAAUAAAGCAGGAGAGAGCACACACAUCAGCACCCAGCUGUGCGUCUCUCAAAAGUAACUGGUCUCUGGACCUACCAGACUCUUUUAACAAAUCUUCUGGGCACAGAAAUAGCAAAAGAACCAAGAUUCAUCCAAGACAACCAAGGACAAACUUAACUGGUAUUUCACAAAGCAUGAUUCACACUGCUCAUGACUCUCAAAAGUACACAGAAUUACCUGGCAAAGAAUUAUGCAUGAAAUUAAAAUCCAGUCUAAAGAAUCGAUUCCAGUGGUUAUCUGACGGACUACAAAGACAUGGAACACAUCUCAGUGACAUCUACACAGAGCUUUACAUUACAGAGGGAGGAAGUGGAGAAGUGAAUAAUGAACACGAGGUGAGACAGAUUGAGACAGCAUCAAGAAUUCACCAGUCAGUGGACGACAAGCCAAUCAAAUGCAAUGACAUCUUUAAACCCUUACAUGGACAACAUGUAAGGGUUAUGCUGACAAAGGGAGUUGCUGGCAUUGGAAAAACAGUCUCUGUGCAGAAAUUCAUCCUGGACUGGGCUGAAGGCACAGCAAAUCAGGAUGUCUACUUCAUAUUGCCGCUUCCCUUCAGGGAGCUUAACUUGAUGAAGCACCAGAGCUUCAGUCUGGAGGAUCUGGUUCACCAUUUCUUUCCAGAGCUAAAAGAAAUAAAGUUUACCAACGUUACCACACACAACACUGUGUUUAUUUUUGAUGGUCUGGAUGAACAUCGUUUACUCCUGGAUUUUCAAAACAGUAUGGUUGUAAGUGAGGUAAAUAUCCCUACCUCAGUUGAUGUUUUACUGACAAACCUCAUCAAGGGGAAUCUUCUUCCUUCUGCAUUCAUUUGGAUAACCUCCAGACCAGCAGCAGCCAGUCAAAUUCCUCAUGAAUGGAUAAGUCAGGUCACUGAGAUCCGAGGAUUUAACGACCCUCAAAAGGAAGAGUACUUAAGGAAGAACAUUAGAGACGAAAGCCUGGCCAAUGACGUCAUCAAGCAUCUGAAGUUGUCAAGGAGCCUCUACAUCAUGUGCCACAUACCCGUGUUUUGUUGGAUUUCAGCAACUGUUCUGGAGAAGAUGUUAAAAGAAGCAGAAGGUAAACCAAUUCCCAAGACACUGACUCAAAUGUACACACAUUUUCUAAUAAUUCAGACUUGCAUUAAAAAGGAAAAGUAUAAUGAGUCUCAGCAGAAAGACAGCGAGAUGAUUAUUAAAUUAGGAGAGCUUGCCUUCAAACAGUUGCUAAAAGGAAAUUUGAUCUUCUAUGAGGAAGACUUGAAAGAGUGUGGCAUCAAUGUCAAGGAUGCAGUCCUGUACUCCGGGGUUUGCACUCGAAUCUUCAGAGAGGACUUUGAGCUUGUCCAUAGUAAAGGAAAGGUCUUCUGCUUCGUCCAUUUAAGCAUCCAGGAACAUCUUGCAGCUUUGUAUGUGCACAUAACCUUCAGCAAAGGGAACAAAACUGUGCUUAACCAGUGGAAAUCGACAAAAUGCGCCAUUACAUUUCCAUGUUUGUCCCUCACUGACCUCCACAAGAGUGCUGUGGACAAAGCCUUGCAAAGCAAAAGUGGAGAGCUUGACCUGUUCCUUCGCUUCCUUCUUGGCAUCUCUCAGGAAAGCAACCAGGCUCUACUGAAAGAGCUGUUGCCACAGCUAUCAGCAUGCAGUUCCCAAAGUGUUCAAGACACAAUCGAGUACAUCAAGAUCCGGCUCAGGAUGCAUCUUAAUCCAGAGAAGUAUAUCAACUUGUUUCACUGCCUAAAUGAACUCAAUGACUUUUCUCUAGAAGAGGAGAUACAAAAUUUCCAGAGAUCCAGGCGUCUUGCCAAAACCAAGCUCUCUCCGUCACAGUGGUCUGCUCUGGUGUUUGUGUUGCUGACCUCAGGAAAUGCUCUAGACAUCUUUGACCUGAGGAAAUACACCAUGGACAAUACAGAUGAAUGCCUUCAGAGAAUGCUGCCUGUUGUGAUGGCAUCCAGAACAGCUGAAGUCAGAAACUGUAACCUCACAGACAAAGGCAUUCAAGCUCUGACCUCAGCCCUCAGGUCAAAGUCUUCAUGCCUCAGAGAACUGAAACUCAGUGGUAAUAUUUUGCGUCAGUCUGGCGUAAGAAUUCUUUCUGAAGGUCUUCAAAGUCCACACUGUAAACUGGAAAUUCUGGACUUGUCUGAGUGUGAUAUUCAAGCAGAAGAUUGCAGGUCCCUGUUUUCAGCCCUUAAUUUAAACCCUUCACACCUGAGAAAGCUUGACCUGAGCUUUAAUCCCCUGGGCCAUUCAGGAAUAUUCUUACUCUCUGAUGCUCUGCAGAAGCCACAAUGUAGGCUGGAGACAUUAAAGCUUUUUAACUGUCAACUAAACAGCGAAAGCUGUGCACACCUGGCUGAAGCGCUGAACAAUAACUCCAGCUUGAUUGAGUUGGAUUUGAGUAAAAAUGAUCUUAAGUACCACGGAGCACAAUAUCUCUCUAAUGGCUUGAGGAAUCCUUCCUGUAAACUAAGCAUUCUAAGCCUAGCAGACUGUGGCAUCACCAUUAACGCCUGCCGCUCACUGUGUAACGCUCUAAAUUCAAACCCCUCUCACCUGAGUGAGCUGUGUCUGAACAGGAAUCCAGUUAUGGACAGAGGAGUACGGCACAUCUCUGAUUUUCUAAGUAAGCCCUGCUGUAAGCUGGAGAAGCUAAGUUUGUCAUACUGUUCUGUCACUGAAAGUGGUUGUACCGCUCUGGCCUCGGCUCUCAAAUCGAACCCUUCACACCUCAGAGAGCUGGAACUAACUGGGAACCAACCAGGGAAAUCUGGACGGGACAAACUUUCAGCUCUACAAGAGCAUAAAGACUACAGACUGGAAAAAUUAAAGUUAUAGAAGACUAUAAGCUCCUGCACAGGACAAAAUUAAAUGUAUUCUGUCAUGUCCUUCUGCCACGAGUCAAUGGAAUGCACAGUAUGAAAAAGCAUAUGAUGCUUGAAAAAGAAAUGGAAGUAUGAAGGUGAAUGACUACUCACACUGGACAUGGUGAUCUACUCUGGUCUUUGUCUUUCACCUGAAGAAAUACUAUACAAUGCAUAUGAGUGUCUUCUGAGAUGCUGUUGUGAUGGCAUCAAGAACAACUUAGUAAGUUUGUCUGUCUAGUAUUUUAUAAGACAGGCUUUGUAUUUUCAUACUGUUGUGAGUGUUUUGUUGAAAGCUGCAAUAUACGCAAAAAAUAUUAUAUCGGGUAGCACAGAUUUCUCAAGCCAGAUAUAUACUGUAAAAGCGCAAUGCUGCAUUUAUUUGUAAUACUCUAUUUAGUAUUGUUAGUUUUGUGAAGGAUUCCUUUUAAAUUUGUGAGUAUUAAAAAAAUUACAUUUUUAAAUAUUUUAAAAUAUUAGAACUGGUUUAGAACUUUUCUCUUGUCAUUGUAAGAGAGUCUCCAGUCACUGCAGAAUCUUACCUCUUGGAGGAAGAAUAUCAUUUGUCACAAGUUUCAGGUUUUUUUAAGGCAUGAUGUAACAAGACAUGUGGUGAUAACCAGUUAAAUAACCAGUGGUGAAAACCAGUUGGGCAGCUGUGGCUCAGGUGGUAGAGUGGGUUGUCCACUAAUCAUAGAGUUGUUGUAUUGAUUCCCGGCCCACAGGGCAAGUUAGUGCCUUGCAUGGCAGUUCUGCUACCACUGGUGUGUGUGUGUGAAUGGGUCAAUGAGACACAGUGUAAAGCGCUUUGGAACUGCUAAGGUUAAAAAAGUGCUAUAUAAGUGCAGACCAUUUACCAUAAAUGAUAUAUCUUGGUGCAUGUACAGGAAAAAAAUCAGUGGUUCAACAUCGGCCCUUAUCAGUUGGAGAUGGUACAAUGCAUAAUAUUUUUAUCAUGGGACAUAACAAUAUUGUCCCUACAUCUUAGUUCUAUUCAAAGGGAUGCUGCCUAGGUAAGCACCAUAUUCACGCAAUGUUUGCAUACCUUACAGCUGGUGGUAGCAUCAUGUUUAGUUACCCAUAGCUUCUUUGUUGUGUCUUUAUUGACUAAUGCCCUUCUUCCUCUCUGUGCAAUUGUGCAAUAUUCUUUUCAUGUUUAGUAAUGGAUUUAAUGGUGCUUCAUGGGAUGUUAAAAGUUUGGGAUCCGUUUUUUUUUUCUAUUUUUACAACCAAACAAUGAUU